AUGCCAAGAGUCGUCGGCGGCGGCGGCGCGGCCUACAAGGGCGGCAUCAAGGGCUACUGGAAGCGCCGCGGCUACGACCGGCUCGACGCGGCCGCGGCGCAGCGCCGCCCGCGCCUCCCGACCGCGGAGCUCGGUGGCGGCGGCGAGGGCGAGGCGCAGCCUCAGCCGCAGCCGCAGCCGGCUGCGGGACGGCGCCGCCGCGCCCGCGGGUGGCGCGUUCGUCGCCGGCGCGCGGGCGUCCUCGGCCGGCGCCUCCUGCGCGCGCUCUCGCCGCUGCGGCUGCUGGCGCGGCUCCGCGACGCCUACGUGAACGCCAUGCUCCGCCUCGCGUCCUCCUCCGCCGUGGCCGGAUACGGCGCCGCUGGCCCGUACUGCACCGCGGUGGAUCCGUUCGUUCGGCCGCGGCCGCUCACCAGGGACUACGACGAGAAGGCGCUCGUCGAGAUCUACAGGUCCAUCCUCGCGCGCGGCGGCGAGGCCGGGCCGGUGCCGGUGCUCGCUGCCUCGCGGCUGCCUGCGGCGGUCUGA